UGUAGCGUGCAGACACACAGUGCGCUGUGAAGAGGAGGAACACACUCUUCUCCUCUCUGCUGACUAACGCCUCUUCACAACACGGGAGGAAAAAAGACUGCUUGUUUUGGAGGGAGAGAAGAAGGGAAAUAACCCGGUUCGAAGGAUAUUAAAUCAGUUGAACGGCCUUUUGUCGGAAGUUCCUGUUUUUAUUUUUCAUCGAGCGCCGUAUUGGCUGCACGUCGUCCCGUCCUGAGUCUAGUCUGUGUCAAUGCUUUUAAACUCACGUCACGUUUAUGGACCUUUCAGCUGGGAUGUAGCGGAGGGCAAACCCACAUAAAGCCGCUUUAUUCUCGCCUUUUCCUUCAGCAGGAAUAUAUCGAAGGUAAAUUACAUUUUAAAAGGCUGCUGUUAGUAUAUGCAAACACUUCUCUGAAACUCAAUAGAACCUUUUUAACAGUGAUGGUGCGUUGCUUUAUGAUGACCCCCGUCUGGAGGUUAUAGCUGAAGCUUUUUAUUGCCCACCACAUCACUGCCCCUCACCCCAAUGAUGACUAUGAGCUCUAUAUCGGACACUUUAGUCCCGCCUGAUCCGUCCAAAUCGGCGUUUCUGGAGUUCGGCGGCCACGGCUACCACGGACACCAGCAGUCCUCCCCCGGACUCUCCCACAAUCAUUACCCGGUCCACGGGCUGCAUGCUGUUGGGUCCUCGCAGCACGACGGGCCCUUCUCCUCCGGUGCAUCCUCGUACGGUCGCCCGCUGGGAUACCCACCUUAUCACAGCCCAGUGAGCGCGCACCACCCCGGGGCCUACCUGCCCUAUCAGCACGGGGGUCAUGGCGGCUCGCUUGGACACACCAGACUGGAAGAUGCGGAACAUGAGAAGCCCACGACGGUGAUAGAGAACGGGGAAGUGAGGCUGAACGGGAAGGGGAAGAAGAUCAGGAAGCCUCGGACCAUUUACUCCAGCCUGCAGCUUCAGGCCCUCAACCAGCGCUUCCAGCAGACCCAGUACCUCGCCCUGCCCGAGAGGGCCGACCUGGCGGCCAAACUGGGCCUGACGCAGACCCAGGAUCAAAAAGCCAGACGCUUGGAUUUGCAGAAGGCCCCGACUUCUUUAAUCCGCUACGUGGAGCAGCAUCCUGUUGCCUCGGGCCGAGUUCACACCAUUCACACUGAGUUUUAUGGAAUACUUCAGACACCUCGUAUUGUCCUAAUGAACUGA